AUGGACUAUGAAAAGGACACUCCCUUCGGCCUGGGCUCCAGCGACGACGAUAAGCCCAAGGAGGAAUGCGCAAUCUUUGGUGUGUUCGACCCCAACGGUGAGGUGCAGGCAUCGCGUCUGACCUUCUUCGGUCUCUACACCCUCCAACACCGCGGCCAAGAGGGCUGCGGUCUGGCCUCCAACGAUGGGUCGAGCGGCUUCCACGUCCACAAGGGAAUGGGCCUCGUCACCCAGGUGUUCAAGGAGAAGACAAUGAAGCAGCUCAAGGGCAGCAGCUGCAUCGGACACAACCGCUACUCUACCGUCGGCUCUUCCCAGCUCACCAACGCCCAGCCUUUCGUGAUCGAGACGCUGCACGGUCCGCUGGCGAUUGCGCACAACGGGCAGCUGACGUCGACCCACAACCUGCGCCGUCAACUCCUCGAGAACGGCGUGGGCAUGUUCACCUCGUCCGACACUGAAGUCAUCGUCCAGAUGUUGGCGAGGAGGCCGCCUGGCGAGGACUCGGAGACGCCCGACUGGGAGGGUCGGAUCAAGAGCCUCAUGGAGUACACGUCGGCCGCCUAUUCGCUGGUCAUCAUGACCAAGGACGCCCUCUUCGGCGUGCGCGAUCCCUUCGGCUUCCGUCCCCUCUGCAUUGGCGAAAUCCGCCCCGACUCGCCGGACAAGAAGCCGGUCUAUAUUCUGUCGUCGGAGUCGUGUGCGAUGCACACCGUGGGCGCCGAUUUCGUGCGAGACGUGGCGCCCGGCGAGAUCAUUCGCAUCGACAAGUCCGGCGUCCACUCGUCCAUCGGUGCCACCCUGCCGCCACAGAAGAAGACCGCGCUGUGCGUGUUCGAGUACGUGUACUUCUCGCGUCCGGAUUCGCUGCUCGACGGCGGUCGACUCUUGGUGCACAGCGUGAGGCAGGACCUAGGCCGACAGCUCGCCCGCGAACACCCCGCCCCCGACGCUGACAUCGUGAUCGGCGUGCCCGACAGCUCGACCCCGGCGGCCAUCGGCUACGCCCUCGAGUCGGGCCUCCCCUUCACCGAGGGCCUCACCAAGAACCGAUACAUCGGCCGGACCUUCAUCGCGCCGGACCAAGCGCAGAGGCAGCGCACGAUCGGGCUCAAGUUCAAUCCGCUGGUGCAGAACCUGCGCGACAAGAGCGUGGUCAUCAUCGACGACUCCAUCGUGCGAGGCAACACCCUCAGCCACCUCAUCGCCAUGAUCCGACAAGCCAACCCCAAGGCCAUCCACGUGCGCAUCUCCUCGCCUCCCGUCCAGCACCCGUGCUUCAUGGGCGUCGACAUGUCCACCUAUGAGGAGUUGAUCGGCCACAACCACACGGUGGAGCAAAUCCGCGACCACAUUGGCGCCGACUCCCUGGGCUACCUCUCCAUCGAGGGCAUGAUGCAGGUGGUCCGCGAGGGCGUCGUCGACCAGGAUAAGGACGGCCACUGCAAUGCGUGCUUCAGCGGGGAGUAUCCGCUGGAGAUCGAGGACCUGGUGCCCAUCAGGGCGGCGAGGGAGGAGCGGGAGAGGGAGAACCACCGGCGAGAGGCAAAGGCCACCCCCGACAAGGAGGCCGAGCCCGCCUGCUGA